CAGUCUCGCGCGGGCACCCGAGCCGUCCGGACGCACGCUGCCCGCCGUGGCAGCCUCAGCCUCCGUCGCGCUUCGCGUCGAGUCGUGUCGUCGGCACCGCGCCGGUCUCGUCAGUGACUGUGGUUUGUGUUGUGGCAUGGUGCCGGCCCCACCGGCCUGCAAGAAAGAAAACACUUUACGGAUAAACGACUGAGGAUUUCUGACUCUAACCAGGCGUGUCCAUGGUGGACGGCCCAUCAUGAGCGGGCCCGCGAGCGGCCGCAGCCCGGGCCGCAGCAGAAAGGGCUCCCAUGCCGGCUCGUACGUCGGCUCCCACGUGGGCUCCCACUCGGGGUCCCACGUGGGGUCGCAGAGCACGGUGUCGUCGGCGUGCCCGCGGUACGUGCUGCUCCGCCACUCGCUGGCGGUCACCCUGCGCCGCACCGGCUCCGUGCCCGGCGCCUCGGAGCCCUGCGGCGCCGUGGACAACGACUUCUGGAUGUACGACAACGGCUACCUGCUCUUCCAGGGGUUCGUGGAGGCCAACGCGCGCUGCUUCUGGAGCGCCGCCCUGCUGGAGGCCAUGAGGGAGCUGAGCUUCGAGGGCUACGUGUCGCCCGGCGUGCUGCUGGUGCGCGCGGGGGCGUGCGCGCUGGACGUGGUGCGCGCCGCCUGGGGCCGCCGCGUGCUCAAGCCGCCCCCCAACUACGUCAUCGCGGACGUCGGUGACAUCGAGGACUGCCUGGUGGUGGCGGUGCCGCAGAGCCAGUUCACGCCGCUGCCCGAGGCGCUGUGCUGGGUCAUCCUGGAGCUGACGUCGACGGGGCAGGCGGCCGUGCUGCCCGCCAUCCUGCGCGCGCUGCCCAGGGCCUUCCCGGCCAUGACGCAGCCCGAGGCCGAGGUGGUGUACGACGCCCUGGCCAAGCUGUCCACCGACCGCAAGGUGUACCAGACGGCGCGCGGAUACUUCCUGGUGACGCCGGAGACGCGGCGCCGGCUCGCCUCGAUGCAGUCCCCCAGCGCGGCCACGCAGCGCCGAGGCCGCCGCUCCAUGCUGCUGUCCACGGACGAGGCCCUCGUCAUGGUGCACGGCGACAUGCAGACGGAGCGCGACGGCCACCGCACGCACCAGUGCGUCCAGACCAACCUGGCCGACGUCAUCUGCGGAGGUAACCCCGAGGACAAGGUGCUGUACGCGCGGGACCGCGGCGUGGAGGACCGCGUGCUGGAGCGCCGCCACUCGCUGCGCCUGUCGACGCGCCUCGGCCAGCCGUCCACGCCGCCCAGCCCGGAGAAGAAACAGUCGCUGCUGUCGCGACUCUUCCGCCGCUCCGGACGCCCCCGCGGCCCCCGCGGCCGCCGCGGACAGUCCGCCCCGCCGGGACACACGCCGUCGGCGCGCUCGCACAGCCCCAACCCGCAGAUCAGGACGUUCUCGGCGCAGUUUCCCAACGACGACGACGACGUGGAGAGGCACCCCGCCGACUGGUUCAACCCGGGCGUGACAUCGCUCACGUCGGUGGCCACGCAGACACAGCCACCCGCGCCCGCCAGUGCCUCCAGCGCGCACAGCUCACCUGCCGUGUCCAGGUGGGCGUCCCCCAGCGUGCCCAGGGCGUCCACGCUGCCCCGCAGCCUGUCCCGGGGCUCCCCUCGGCGCGCCCGCCGCCUCAGCGAUUCGCUGGGCCUGAGCGUGAGCAGGGCGGCCAGCCCCGCGAGCCACGGCGGCAGCCUCGGGGGCAGCCUGGCACCCACCGCGUCGUCCAUGCCCCCCGCCAGCCUGUGCCCCAGUCCCAGCCCCAGCCUGUGCCCGAGCCUCAGCCCCUCCAAGUGCGUCGGCAAGCUGCAGACCGUGCGCAAAACGUCGCCGUCCAACACGCUGCUGUCCUGCGCGUCGAGCCGGGCGAGCCGCGCCAGCGCAGCCAGCAGGGCCAGCGCCUCCACCUCGGGCAUGAGCAAGGCCUCCUCCGGGUACAACUCGUCCGGGACCCGCAGCGGGUCGCCCACCACCUCGGCCACGACGGUGACGACCACCGCGGGGACGCGACGGUCGCUGCCGACGCCCACCAAGAGCCCCUUCACGUCGCUGGGCUCGCCGUCCGGCCGGAACUCCACCACGACGACGGCCACCAUCAACGGCGGCAACACCAAGAUCUACGUGCAGCAGCACAACGCGCCCGUGCGCUCCGUCAUCACGAUCGAGAACAGGUCCUCGGGCGAGCACACGGUGGUGACGCGCCGCGGCGGCAUCCUGGAGACCAGCUUCGACCGCGCCGUGCCCAAGAGCAGCAGCAGCGUCGCUGGCGGUGGCGGCGGUGGCGGCGGUGGCGGCGCGCCCGUCCUGGACGCGGUCACGACCCUCACGCCCGCCGUCUCGCCCGGCGCCUCCCCCGCCUCGGACCCCGAGUACUCGCACAACAAGAUCAACAACCACAACCUGAGCGGCAAGCUGCACCCCGUGACGUCGUCGUCGUCCUCAACAGCGUCGUCCGAGGAGUCACUUACCUCCGCGGGCUCGCUCGUCACCAAGGAGGCGAAGGACGCUGCCGAGAUGAACAACAUCCGCAAGCUGUCGCUCACGGCGCCCGCACCGGGGUUCCUGCGGGAGAGCCUCAGCUACAAGAACAUCCUGAAGGAGGUGCAGAACUACACGGGCGGGCAGACUCAGCAGCAGGCCCAGCCCGCCAGUCCGUACGCCAGCCUCUCCGACCUGUCCGUGCACUGCAAGUCGCUGGCGGCGCAGCGCAUCCUGUCGGGCGUGAGCAUCAACUCCAUCGACACCCUGGUCGAGGUGAACAUGGCCGCCAGCGUGGCCAGCGGCAUGGCCGCCGACAAGAAGACCAACUGCGACGUGACCAUCCGCACCGACUUCGGCAUGGUGUGAGCGGUGGCCUGCAGGCCUGCACCAUGGCCACAGCAAAUCAAAGUAAUUGUUAUUUCGUGAAUUUCCGACGCGUUCGCCUUGUGGCCCGCGCGGAUCGAAACGUACUUAUUCGUGCCAUAGGCCGGUCAUAGGCCAGGUGCCUGCAUAGCCUGCAUGUCUCCGGCCACCGGCGACGCCGUGUCCUCUUCUCGUGCCUUUCCUCCUCCUCCUCUAUCCCUUCCCUCUCUUUCUCUCUCUCUCUCUCUCUCUCUCUCUCUCUCUCUCUCUCUCUCUCUCUCUCUCUCUCUCCUUGGAGUGCUCGGGGGGCGUUCUCUCGAACGGUAGCAGUGACUCGAGUCCGGACACCGACGACUCGUCCCGGUUUCAGGGUGCCCAGUCUCGCUGACGACGAUAGUACGGUACUUGGCGACGCGCACCUGGCUAGCCGCAAAUCUGAGUUUCAGAACCUAGUUGCCGCUUGCGGAACUCUCGUCGUUUGCGAGAUGGAUUUUGUCACCCGAAAUCCGAUGUCUCGUCGGGUUGCGGACUUUGGGCUCACCAUGUAGUUGGGGUCUUUGCGAUCUUUCGAAGCGAAAGCUGCGUGGAAGACCAGCGGAAGGGUGUCUUGUCUGCUUCGCCUUUUCUUUGCUGUGCCAACCAACCACGUCCGUCCAGACAAAACGACAAUCAACGACAAAAAUAAUGCGAAAGGAUCUGUUGCAAUGAUUUAUUGAUAUUUCAUGUGCCUUAUUUAAAUCCUAUUCAAUUUGACUUUUGACAAAAAAAAAUUUGUAAUUUAUAUGUUGCAUUUAAUGUGUACUGUAAUGUGAUAGUAGAAGUUGAUCUAGCAUAGCAGUAAGAUUCGUGUACCUUAAAAACUUUGGUUUAAAAAGAAUUUUUUUACUGUCGUUCAAAAUGUAAAUUAAUGUUAUCUUGAAACCGAAACGACCUUUCUCAACUUCUUAACGCGAGGAAGGUUUUAGUAUGAAGUGUAAAAUCCCAUUACUUUCCAGUGGGGGAGUCAAAUGGUGAUAUUACAGCCAAAAAGCGUGUUCCAUUCUGCUUAUUUCUUCACUUGACCAGCAUAAAAACAGCUUUUCCUCCCGCGGUUUUUCGUAUAAGAUGUGUACAUAGUUGUGUUAAUGUUGAAAUGCUGUCAGUUUGUGCUGAACGUAUGAGUGCACCUCAUGUUUGCUUUGUGCUCCCCUUUCCGAACGGUUAAAUCGAAACAAGUUCUAAGAUCAGUAUCUCGUGUGUGUGUGUUUAAUCUUGAAGGUUUUUAUUUUUUUAAACCUUGUGAAACAUACUUGAUUAGAUUGAGGCUUCGAUUUUUCUUUGUCAUGGAAUAAAUGAUUUUUAUUGUUUUGACCCGCCCGUGGAUAUAUUUUCAAAAAAUGUAUAUACACCAUCCACAAAACUGUAAAUUAUACGCUCCAUAUGGAUUUGUGUUUUACGAUUGUUUUGUGAGAAUCUCGUCAGCAUGUUUUAUUUUGUGAAUAACAUGUAAUAAAAGCCACUAACGUA